AUGGCUGCAGAAUUGGUGGGUGGAGCUCUUCUCUCUGCUACCUUUGGUGUUCUGUUUGAUAGGCUGAGUAGAAGCAAAUCACAAAUCAAGCAGUGGCUGGACGAGCUUAAAGAUGCUCCCUAUGAUGCAGAUGAUCUCUUGGAUGAUAUUGCAACUUAUGCUUUGCAAUCCAAGAUGGAAGUUGGAUCACGAACAAAAUCAAAACGAAUAUAUGUGCUUGGUCUCAUUAAUGGCAUUGGUGAGAAACCUUCAUCAAGACAACCAACAACAUCUUUGAUAGAAGAAUUUGAGGUCUAUGGUAGACAUGGGGAUAAGGAGGCCCUAACCAAGUUGUUGGUAAUGGAUGAUGAAGGUAGCAAUAAGGUGUCAGUAAUUCCAAUAGUAGGUAUGGGUUAUGUUGGGAAAACCACCCUUGCUGAAUCAGUGUACAAUGAUGACAAAGUUAACAAGCAAUUUAAGCUCAAAUAA